AUGAGGCUUGUGUUGAGCAUACUCUCCCUAGCGAUAUCCUACACUGCAGCUACGGAUCUGGUUUUCCAGGCGGAAAAAUCACCCGAUCCCGUCUGCUACUUUCAACUGGAGUGCACCGGCAAGGCCGAUCAUGGCGUGGAGAAGGUUCGAGUCCCGAUUCGGUCCGCCCAAGGCCCCCCUGGGCCGAAGGGGGAAAGGGGGCCACGGGGUUUGCAGGGGCCAAUGGGACCGCCCGGUCCACCAGGACCGCCUGGAAAAGCACCGCCAUUGGCUCCGAAGACCUCACAAGUGGCGUUUUACAUUGGUCUCUCACAGAACGUCGAACAACUUCCACCUGGUGAUAACUGUCCCCUCAUCUUCGACACGGUCAUCCUCAAUUUGGGCGGAUUUUAUAACUCCACAAAUGGCGUCUUCACGACGAACAUCAGCGGCGUGUACAGCUUCCUAUUGGUUGUCUCGGCGCGCAGUUAUGAGAAGGCUAGCACGUGGUUGAUGCUGAACGGCGAAAAAGUGCUGUCGGCGUGGUGCGAGAGCAAGCCGUGGGCCAGUGCUACGAAUCAGGCCAUUCUGAGGUUGAAGCGCGGCGACAAACUCUGGCUGCAGUGCAGCAAGGAGGCCUACCACCUCCACGGGUACCUCUACAGCAGCAUAUCCGGGCACAUGCUCUUCCCCACCGACGACAACGACGACGAAGACAAUGGCCAAGCGAUGCCGCAGUAA